AUCUCACCCAGCAGCAGCAGCAGUUACGCAGCUUGAGAACCCAGCAGUUCGUCAUAGGACUUGUCAUCUUCCGCUUGUGUUUUUCUCGCGCAACCUUGUGUCGGAUUCGUUUGAUCACUGGAAGGAGUGUGUAACUUUCUGGGCACAAAACCAAUAAUCGUGGUCGAGACGUGUUCGCAAAAGGAGUUUCUUUCCGCUGACGAGUGGCGUAUGGUGACGUGCAUUUCUCCGGGAAAAGCUGGUUAUUCUGAAUAUCCAAGUUUUAUAUAGACCGUGCCGGAAACUCGCGAAAAUUUUCUUACUCUUCGCUCACGGGUGAACACAGAGUUGAUGAGAAGGAAAAAAGUGUUUCCGAACACACCUACACAUGGGUGUCAGCCGCGUAUGAAUCAUCGAAUUUCGUUGGAAGCAGGGAGAGUGAGAAGUGAGUGAAAAACCUAGCAUACCAUAUCCAUAUAAUCGAAUUCAACGAGUCGCAGUCAGCAUGAAUAAGGAUUAAACGCAAAGUGUCAGUGAAUAAUAUUAUGUUACAAUGAAGACAUUGCGCUCGCAAAAGUGAAAGUGCUGAAUGAAUAAGUCGAGAAAAUUGCUCUGGGUGAAAACUUUGUUGCAACAUCCUUCUGCGACGCUUCCUGCAUAUCGAUUUUGAGCCGUCACCUACACAGCAACUCGGGAGCUCCGGAAGAGACGGUCACUGCUAGUGGUGUGUGUUGUUUGUGACAAGUUAUAUCUUUCAAUCGUAUCAAGAAGCAUAACUGGAAAAGUGAAGCCCCAAGGCUGGAUUUAGCGGCGGCAGGACGGCGUUACAUCAAGGCAAACCAUGAAUCAUCUCGCUGGAUCGUCCCCGCGGUCACCGGCGCCGUCACCCGAUCCGGAUGUAGACGAUGGGAGCUCCAAGAAGCAGGCUACCAGAGUAUUCAAAAAGAGCUCCUCGAACGGCAAAAUCACGGUAUACCUAGGCAAGCGUGACUUUGUGGACCACAUAACGCACGUUGACCCCAUCGAUGGCGUCGUACUGAUAGAUCCCGACUACGUGAAAGAUCGUAAAGUUUUUGGACACGUACUGGCAGCCUUCCGAUAUGGGCGUGAGGAUUUGGACGUGCUCGGGCUGACGUUUAGGAAAGACUUGUACUUGGCCUCCGAACAGAUAUUCCCACCGCUGGAAACGGACCGGCCGCUAACCCGCCUCCAGGAACGGCUGAUCCGCAAGCUCGGACCAAAUGCAUACCCGUUCUACUUCGAAGUGCCGCCCCACUGUCCCGCCUCGGUUUCGCUGCAGCCGGCGCCCGGCGACACGGGCAAACCGUGCGGUGUGGACUACGAGCUUAAGGCCUUCGUGGGCGAAACGCCCGAGGAUAAACCCCACAAGCGAAACUCGGUCCGGUUAGCAAUUAGGAAAAUUAUGUACGCACCCUCGAAGCUGGGCGAGCAGCCGUCGAUUGAGGUUAGCAAGGAGUACAUACUGAAACCAAAUAAGAUCCACCUGGAGGCGAGUCUGGAUAAGGAGCUCUAUCAUCACGGCGAGAGCCUCUCGGUGAAUGUGCACAUAGCUAACAACUCCAGCAAAACAGUCAAGAAAAUCAAGGUUUCCGUGCGGCAGUUCGCCGACAUUUGCCUCUUCUCGACGGCACAGUACAAGUGCACCGUGGCGGAGGUCGAAUCAGAAGACGGAUGUCAGGUGGCGCCCGGAUUCACGCUGUCCAAAGUGUUCACACUGACCCCACUGUUGGCCAAUAACAAGGACAAAUGGGGCUUGGCACUAGACGGGCAGCUAAAGCACGAGGACACAAAUCUGGCCUCGAGUACACUGUCUCGCAAUAUGGUCGACGGAAAGUAUAGAAUCGCCGAUCCUUCCCAGCGAGAGAAUCUCGGCAUCAUCGUGCAGUACAAAGUGAAGGUCAAGCUGUGCAUUACACCACUGGGCGGUGACCUGGUGGCUGAACUCCCAUUCAUUCUGAUGCACCCAAAACCGGACGACGACGAGCCGGUGAUAGGAGACAGAUCGCCAAACCGGACGGUCAAUAACACCGCCGACGGUAAGAACCCUGCCGGCGUAUCCGGAGCAGGCGGCACCGAACUGAACAAGAACAGCACCACCAACAACCACAACGAUGGAGCUAAAGAGGACGGACCAAACCUAAUCCAGUUGGACGGCUCCAAACCGGCGGUAAUCGACACGGAAACAACGACUCAAUUGUAACACACUGACUUGACCCCAUUUCCCGGCUGAUACGAGCGAUGCGAAGUCGGUGGAAACCGCUGCGUUCCUUCACACUCCUCCUCCGAUUGCCACCCAUUCGAAACGUAUGCGAACAACAACUCAACUUGCAGCAGGAAGAAGGAACGCUUCGGAUGAACGUUAGGCAAUAUGGUUACGCUACGAACCGCGGGAUGCUGACGAGUCAACACACUCGGUGCUCCCAAAACCACACUUACCACACUCACCUACACACACACACACCAAUUUAAUCACACAUAGAUGUUUCACUUGUGCCAAGUCGUGUGUACCGCGCUCUGCGGUAUUGGAUAGUCCCACCACACCCCCUCCGGAAACAGGUUCAGUCGGCUUAGCUAGCGAGUCGUCGUUGUUAGUGGUUUAGAGGCACAUGGUAGAUAUUGGGUGAAAAGCCAGCCAGUCUGUGUUAUUUGUUGCCGGAAGAUCACAAUUCCGGCGCGUGUGUUGUUCUGGAAUGAAGACGGCGGACACAGAUGGGCAGGUUUUCCCGGCUCUCAUUGGGGUGUUACUUCCGCUACUGUUUUAGCUGAUCGCCAUUGUCAUCAGUGCAUGUGAGGGUGUCUGUGUUUACCGUUGGAGCGCACUUUCGUUGCCCUUCUCUGUCGUAUUAGUAGCCCGAUGCAACGUGUCGUUAGUAUCAAUUAACUAGGUAACCAAGUAUUUUCAAUCAAGUAGAGUGUUUUGAACGUCGUGAUUAGACACACAUGGUAUAUUCAGUAGAACAAAUUUGUAGUACUAUCGCUAGUGUGUUGUAUCUAUCAAGCUGUCGUUAUGGAUUUGCAUUGAGGAAUUUAUGGGGAACUAUUGUUUUGAAAGUUUUUUGCUUCCAAGUGUUGCUUGUACUCGACCAAGUUCUAGUCUAUCUAGUCUAUUCUGUCUAUUAGCUGUAUCACUGCCUCCAGGGAAAUAUUCACAAUCAUACUUCGGAGCACUGCUCCAGCUUUGAUGUGGAUUUUGUUUUUAUUUAUUGGCAUCGAACUAUCAUUCUUUAAGAUUAUCACUUCAAGUGCAGUGAGAAUUGCAAACAUAAACCCCAUUUGAAGUUGAACUAUGCCAAUACUUUCAUCUUUAUAAUUACGCUUUGAGAGAAUGAAGUGUAAAGUUUAAUCUCUCUUUUUCUUUGUGCACAACUUUUAGCUCGGCACAACUUUUUCGCUUGAAAUUCAACUCCUUCGAAAAUACAAAAUCCAAACAGCAUUACAUAACUAGGCCAUUUUUCGCUUCAUUUUUCUGUUUUUUAAUCUGACUGAAACAAGUUGAAAAAGCUUUUGUCUGUUAGAAUAACGUCCUUCAAGAACGAUGCAUCAUCGGUGAGAUGCCUUUCGCAACUGGGUAAAGGUAUUCUUGCGUGUUUCACCGAAAAAAAACGUGUCUACCGAAAAAACCAUCGGUUCUAUCUCGAUUCACCUGUUUUCUUUGGUCUACUCAUUGACCUCAAAAACUGUAGGGGUGACACGACGUAGGACUGCGAUAUUAUUUUAUUCAAUUCGGUCGUUUAUCAUUCGAAAAUAAUAUGCAUCGAAAUUUUUGAAAUAACUAUAUCGAUGGUUUACUUAGUUUUGUGGAAGCAAUUGUUCAUGUUUACUCUCUCGAGAACAAUAUACACGCUGGCCAUAUUUCGCAAAAUCUACCGUUUUUAUAUUUGCGCGCUCUGCAUAUGAAUCGCAACCGAUCUUCUUCUUUUUCUUCUUGGUAUUCUAGCUGUAACAGCUAUUGCGACGAUCUUUGUCGCAGUUGAAAUACACAGUCUCAGGCAAUUAUACGUUUGUUCCUUCUUCUUCUUCUUCUUCUUUAUUGGCAUUAACGUUCCUAGUAGGAACUUCACCGUCUCAAUGUAGUCACACUUGUGUAAUUUUUAUUAGUACUUGGCUAGGCUUUCCAUGCCCAAAAACACGCCUCGAAUGUAUGCUGAGUUGCUAGUCCUGGAGCACGCGUGACCAAAGUGCAAGACGUAAGAAAUUUCUUCGACCCCCCGACCAGAACGGGAAUCGAAUCCGAAUCGUUGUUGCUUGCUCGCUGGCUGGAGUGAGACUGUGUAAUUGAAAUCGCAAUACUUCAUACGCAGGCUCGUUGCAAUUUGCUCCGCACUGUGCUUGCUUUGUGCAUGUUCUGAGAAUGCAAACAACUUUGCACGUCCGCUCAACACGAUAGCAAAUCACAAACUGACGAUUUGCCGCAUAACAGCUGAUAUUGAUAUCGAUAGAAUGAAACUCAAUUUCAACAUUUUCAAUUAUCAAAAUGAAUAUGACACUGGAUGGAAAAAUGAAUUUCGAAACAUUUUGAAGAACAUCAUUUGUUAAUAUUCAUAUUUUUAUAACAUUCAUUUCAAUGCAACGGAGUCCGAAAAUCUAAGCAUUUGAUCUUAGUGAGAAUGACUUUUCCCACACUUAUUGUAAAGAUGCGUAGAAAUAUUCCCAUUCGAGUGAUGCAUCAUAUUGUUACAAAGGACGCGUUUGUUAUCAGCACAGGUCGGCUCCGGACGCUACGAAGAAUAAAUUUAAGCUUAUGUCCAAAUCUGUUUUUUUUUUCAACCAUCUAGUAGACCCUGAACAAGUCCGUUUAAUUAUUUACUAAUAAAAUGUACAAUGGCGUUUCGUAGGCGACUAUGAGGCGCUAGAUGAAGUAGGGUAAAUGGGGACAAUUUGAAUCCCCUAAGCAAUAGUCACAUUGUACACUGAGCUACACUUGGUUUUUCGCAAUCAAUAAUGUUUAGUUAUUAUAUAAAGCUUCAAAAUACCAAAUAUAUAAUAAAAGAGAUGAUUUUUGAGCAUUAAAAUUUUAUUCAUCCAGUGUUGUUCGAGCAUUUCCAUACUCUUUCGAUCCAAGUUGAGGCGUCCUUUUCGAGAAAAACAGGUGGUCCAAAUCACCCCGUAUGUCCAAAUCACCCCAACUGAACCUAUAGAUGAAGCUGCAAUAAGAAUCAUGAUCGAUCGGAUUGUUUGUCUUGGAGAUAUAUCUUCAGAAAAGGCAAUUGUGAGAAAACGCGUUUCAAGUUUAAGUUACUGAUUUCAUGGUCAUAAAAUAAAGUUUAUUAUCGUCAUUUUCGGAACACUAUCUGGUAGAAGAAAGAGAAAAAGAGUCGUGCGUACAUGCGUACAUCCUUUUGUAUGGAUAUACCUGUUCUUAUACUACCUAUUAUUACUGAAAGUUUCCAUGAAAUCCAAUAAAGAGAUAUUUAUGCACCUUUUAUCGCUCUGGAGAUAAAGCACUCAAUUUCCUAAAAAUCCGUCGACCAACUGGUCAUCGUUCUAGAAAAAUGCGCUCGUUCGUUAAAGGUUAAUAUGUAUUUACAUUUCAACUAAUUUUACUGUUAAUAAAAAGGUAACUGAUUGCUCGCGAAAGAAGAAACUAGGUAUAAGGGAUAAAAGGACAAUCACACACGAAGAUCGAUAGCCCCAAAAAAACAGAUUUGGUACAUGUAAUAAAGAUCCAACCGAUCCAAUCCCUCUCACCAGCAAAUCAUAAUUUGACGAUCUUCUGAACAUUCUCGGAACAUAAACAGUUUUAUAUAAUGAAAGCAGACAACUGAAUUUUCAAAACAAAAACAAUCUAGGGGUCUUCCGUUAGAAAAUUAUUGGAAACAUCGAUUCUCGAAGUAGGUAUUUUUUUGUCACUGUAAGUUUUCAAUAAAAAUUGAUUUUUUGUUUCUUUAAGUAUAACUUUAAGUUUAAGUAUAACUUAAAUUUAACAAAACUAUCAAAAAAUUAUGAGGUGGCCAUUUUAUUUUGCCUGUUAGUAUAGGUAAAAGCUCAAAAAUCUUUAAAGCUUACUCAGAGUCGCAGGCGAAAACUUAGUAAUUCAUAUUCUACGAUUGUACCCAGUAUACAACAAAUUAUCACCGUCUUCCUCCAUAUCAACAAAUUGUUUUAAGCUAUGCACUAAGAAGUAACAUCUUGUUGCCACCGUAGAUGUUUGGUUGACGAAUCAACCCUAAGUCAAAGAUCCAUUUGAAACGAUAUGUGCAAGGAAAAUAUAAAAUAAACCGGGGAAGGGUUUUAUCCGACCACGCAUUGCUCCAAAUGCGUCUUUAUACUGACCUUAAAUUUCGAUACAAUUGAGCAACUCUCAAAAUAAACAAUGCAAAUUUAGAUUCUGUAAUUUUAGAUGUAAUUUAACGUAGGUAUUUCAGUACAUUUUGGAGUACAUUUGGGAUAACCUCCUUGAAGCUUUGCAUUAAUUUCAAAUGCAGAUAUCAAUCGCUCGACCGGAUUUGGUGAAUAUCUCACAAAACCUUUGGGUAGGUCAUCUCAGCGUGUAGUUCGCACACCCACCCAUCGUAGCCUGUAUUCAUCGUAUCCGUUUGUGUUUGUGUGUUGUUUAGAUAUAUUCAAUGUUUCUUUCCAUCUCUCUUCCUCCCCUAC